GGGCAUCUCGGCAGCAACACUUGAGAUCGGUCAAUGCCAUCCGCUAAAGAAACAUGGAUGAAUGACCAGCUACGGAGAACUAGUGAUGUUGCUGUAAGAAUGCCACCCCAGUACACUUCUCGCUUCUUUUCACUUUUUCUGGUCUUCUGCAACGUUUUGGGGACACUAGCGAAAUCCCUACCGGACCAGACAGCAGUUGAGGUGUCAGUCAAAGUUCAGGUUUUCGAUAACAGUGACCUCUCUCCCUUGGUGGACGCUGAUGUGCAAGUGUACGGAAACCAGUCGGCGCUGCCGUCCAGCAAGUCGGGCAAAGAUGGGAUGGUCACCGUCAAAUUCCACUACCGCCCUGGCACCUGGGUCAUCGUGACAGCCUCGAAGCGCGGCUUCAUCACCAACUCUGCCCCAUGGCAUGCUAGUCGAAUACCCUUGUAUGCUUCAGUCAGCCUGUACCUUCUGCCUCAGAAGCCCGCCACACUCAUCCUGUAUGAUGACAUGGUUCAGCUGUUGCUCGGAUCCCCAGGGGCAAAGAAUCAGCCGUGGGUGCAUCUCCAACGGAGAGCGAUCCGUGCCGGACUCAACACGUCCGACCUGGCCCUCUCUGCAGUGCUGACCGCCGCCAGGAGCCAAUAUGAGAUCGGGGGCUUCCCCUACCCUCUGGGCCUGGAGAUCAAUGGCACAGGCCCCAACAGUACCUGGGUGGAGUUGACGGCAGUGGCGGCGGUAUGCGCCCUCCUCUCCGCCCAGAACGGCAGCACCAUCCCCGUCUCCGACCCCAUCCACGUCUCCAUCCCCCUGCCGUCUGACUCGCCCGUCAAGAUGGCCACCAGCGUGCCUGUCUGGCGCUACGACGAGCGCUCAGGCCUCUGGAUGCGGAGUGGAGCAGGCUACAUUAGGAAAGAUGGCUCCCUCAUGAUCUGGAGCUUUGUGGCACCUCAGCUGGGAUAUUGGCUGGCAGCAUUCCCAUCCUCUACAGGCACCGCUCUGAACCCCUAUGGCCUGCGUGACAUCACCACCUACCACACCAUCUUCCUGCUGGCUAUCCUGGGCUCCAUGGCCCUACUGGUCCUCAUCCUCCUGUGUGUCCUCCUCUACUACUGCAGGAGGAGGUGCCUGAAGCCGCGUGCUCCGCUCCGUAAACGGCACCUGUCGUCCGCGCUGGACAGCUCCAAGCGGGACCAGUGCACCUCCACGUCCCAGCUGCACCUCAUCAGCAGCGGUCACCUGGAGACCGCCUCCUGCAUGGGCGACGGCGACGGCGUCAAGUCCGAUAUCUCGUCCACGCGCGACCUGCACAGCUCGCGCGAGGAGUUCUUCCGGAACGCUCCGACGUCCGCCUCCGCCGCACAGAAGCUGCGCCACUCGAAGGUGAACUCGGACACGCUCACACGCCGUGGUGGUGGUGGAGGAGGAGGAGGUGAUAGGGAGAGCUUCCAGCUGAAGGUGAGCUGCUCCACCAACACCACCAGUAACCUGGACCCACUGCUGCUCCGCGACGACUGCAGCGGCCGCUACAGCUCAGGGGACGACGGCAGCCACCACCACCACCACCACCACCACAACGCCAAGGACAACCAGGGCUACACCUCGGACCCGCCCUCGCCUCCCCCUCUCCUGCCCCCCUUCGCGGGCCACUACCAGGAGGGCAAGCCCCCGGAGUACUCGGCCUCCCAGCCCCCCGUGGGCAACACCCAGGGCCAGCUGGUGUUCUGCCACUCCAUGGAGCAGAUGACGGAGAGCAUGUACCGGAGCGUUGUGCCCACGCUGGUCAUCCCGGCCCACUACGUGCAGCUGUCCUCCGACCUGUCGGCCAUCGAGCAGGCCAUGGAGCGCCAGCAGCAGCUGCAGCACGACAUGGAGGGCAUCCAGGUCAGCAUGACCCUCCCGCGGCCUGGACAGGGUCAGAAGCCGCCGCAGCAGCAGCAGGACGGCCAGAGCCAGCCGUCGCAGCCGAGGCGAGAGGAGGACGGCGGUGCCGGGGAGCGGCCGGUACCGGGCGAGGGCCACGACGACGGCCGCAAGGACUGGACGCCGGACCCGUCCUCGGGUCCCGUCCGCAUCCCGGUGCUGUUCAACGACUCCACCAUGGCGCAGAUGAACGGCGAGCUGCAGUCGCUGACCGAGAAGAAGCUGCUGGAGCUGGGCGUCAAGCCGCACCCGCGCGCCUGGUUCGUCUCGCUGGACGGCCGCGCCAACUCGCUGGUGCGCCACUCGUACAUCGAGGGGCUGGGCGCCGAGAGCACGGCGGGGGGCGGGCGCCUGCCCAUCAUCACCACCACGGGCAUGGAGCACGAGCCCACCCGCCGGCCGCCCAGCUCCCGGGCCUCGGGCAUCCCGCAGCUGAGGCACGGAGCGGGCGAGCGGAAGACCAAGGACGCCGUCGCCGUCGUCCCGGAGCAGCGCAAGCUGCACGGCAAGUCGUACUCGAAGCUCCCCGUGAUCGAGCUGCCCGAGCCGCCGGACGGCAGCGACGACGGCGGCGGCGAGAGCCACCAGGGGGCGGUCUACUCUCCCGAGGACGGCUCCGCGGCGCCGCUGCUAGGCGAGGAUGCGGCGACACCGGCCGCCCGGGGCGACACCUUCCCGCGCCGCAACCGCAGCCGCGACAACAGCGCCCGGAGCAGCACCAGCACCAGCGCCGACGUCCGCAGGGACUCGGCGACCAGCCCCGACGACGACGGAGAGCACUACGCCGACGACAAAGACGACGACGGCGAGAACAAGAAGAGCCCGUGGCAGAAGCGCGAGGAGAGGCCACUCAUGGUGUUCAAAUAGAAGGGAAGGACGGGGCAG